AUGAUCCACCACGCCGGCGCCACAGCCGAUGGCCGGCCGGCGACAAUAGCGCGGGAUUUGCACGACUGCCGCAUCGGGCGACGGACACUGGGAGGCUCCCUGCCGGUGCGUCAGGGCCACCUGGCUGCUCCACCGCCUGCAGCCCACCAGCCCGCAGAGCAUCCAAAUCGGACGCUACCACCCAGACAACGUGGGACGGGGCCUGUUAUCAGCCGUGCGAAGACAGAUGAUUCGCCCGCGCUCACGCUUCGUGGGCUUAAUUUCCUGAUUCAUGGCGUAAUGGGAGCGUCCUGGGCGGAGGAUCACGAAGGCCCUCCGCCUGCGUGUAUCGACGCGGAUUUGCAGCGUGGGGAGUGGCGACCCGAGAUGGGGCGUGGCGAGAAUCUCUGUGGUCGUCGCGCUCGCGGGAAGAGCGCUGGACGGACUGGGCAGGCGCCUGACAGGAUUGGCAUGAUCGGCGUUUCCUUCUACGGCCAAUCAAUUGGGUCUCCGAAGACACCGGCCCCGGACGCAGUGGCGCACCCUCCUGGAAUGUAUCAACGCCUCUGCCCCAAUAGGCAUGCAGAUCAGGCUUCCAGACAAUCCUCGUCCCCCGCCACACGCCCGCCGCAGUGCCUGGGUGAUGCAGGCCGUCCACGCGUGCCAGCACUGUCCAUCCGCCAUCGCGCGGCUGCCAUCGCGCGGCUGCCCGCUCUGCGUCCGCGGCGAGGGUGUGCGACAGUGGCGAGGGGCGCUGUUCGCACGGCAGUCGCUCCAGCCGUACCGUACCCGUACCGUCCCUGCGUGCGCGAGUCUGGCUGCCGAAACCUUGUCCCAGUCCAGUCAGAGCCCGCGCUCGAUGCGUGGAGCCCGAGAAAGGAUUCGCGCCUGGAAAUGGGCGCGACCGGCCAUGCCGCGGGCCCAGGCGGCGCUCAGCGGCCUGCCAGGGUUGCCGCGAAGCCAGCGGGCGAAUCGGCGGAGCUCGACGCCGAGGCGGUGCGGUUCCACGGAGCCACGUACAACGGGGAAGUUGUGUGGAUUUUGCGGGCACGCGGUUUGCACAUUCAAAGUGGCCGCUGCACUUACCCUCUAGAAGGCUGCCCCGCGUGUGAUCAGAUGCGCACUAACUUAGCACGUCAAGCCAAUUUCAUUGCAAUCCCUGGAUACUACGCAGAAGGCCAGCUCUCCGUCGGUCAGACGAGGGUAGCGUGUACAAUGCAAUUAAGACUGUCGUCAACGCCGUUGAAAUUCUGCGUCCUCGGGCUUGCCUCGGGCCGAGUCCGAGUCACUGUCUAUGGAUCGCGGACGCGGAGCCCUGUCAACGGCAUACUCUCCGGGAGCCGCGUAGGCCUUCGCCGUGGUACGUCAUCUGGCGACACUUCGAGCGUGUCCGUGCUGACGGAAGUCGCAAGUGAAGCUCGAUCCCAAAUCGUGCAGAUCCAGUCCGCGGUCUGCUACUACUCUGGAACAAGGGUUCUGCCAGCGGGCGUCACGCAGGGAUCGGAGGGUCCGAGAAGCUCGGAACCAAUCAAUACGAUCCCCGCGCGCUCUGCGAACAUGGCUCGCGGGAGGGGUAGUGGACUAAGCGACCACCUCCAAAAAAUCCCAUUCUCCACCCAUCCCGCGCACAAAGACCGUCGCGACCCUACACGCAGGAAGCCCGUCGGAAGGCGUCACAUGCGCCCACUGGCAGACCGCAGGGCGCAAGGAGUGUGCGGGUCGAGGAGACAGCGCGCUCCCACUGCUGCCAGCACAAACCGCACUCGACGCGGCGGGGGGCUAGCGCCUGGCGUGGUAGCCAGCCAGGGGCAUCGGGCGGCGGCGCUAGCCCGUCUAAUCUUAGAGCGGUCAGCAGGAGAGUGCCUGCCCCAGGAGUCUGCAGCGCAUGCACGCAACGCCAGUGGUGGGCACGGCCAUGACACGGCGAUCCCCGGCGCUGCCUUCGCCCUCACCUUCGCUGCCAUUCGCUGUCCAUCAUGGAUCACGCCCGCCCUCCAUUCGAGUGCCCGGCUGGCGUCUGCCCGCGCGCGCGCCCCUGCCCGUCGGGCUUCUCGUCGCAGCUUUUCGCGGGAGACGUCCGCUCCGUCGAGCACGGCGCUGACCCGCGCGGCCGAUCCUGUCUGA